AUGGCUAGUGUUAAAACUAAAGGUAGCAGCCGUUUCCGUUUUACGGAAGAAUUUGAUAUUCAUCUAGCUCGCGAAGUAAAUGGCCUAAAUCCAUUUGAAGAUUCAAGAAGAUGGGCCACCAUUCAAGUUAAUUUAAUACAAAUAAUAGGAAAGUGCAUUAAUAUUAGAACUAUCCGGGAAAGAAUUCAGAAUUUGGUAAAAAAAUGGUUGGCUAAAUACAAUUUGAUGAAAGGAAGGUCAGGCAUGGAAAUUCAGAUGACUGAACUAGAUGACCUAUUACAACAGAUUUCUGAACUAAUGUCAGAAUUUUCUAACAAAGAAAAGAAAAAUGUUUUGAAUGUACCCAACAAGACAUCAUAUGUUAAGGGGUUUGAGGCUCGGGAGCAGUCAUGUUCUUCCUUUCUAAAUGAACAAAAAGGUAGACUUUAA